AUGUUUCAAAUCCUCGCGGCAGAUCCAAUGAUCACCAACUGGUCUCGAUGGUCUGUUGCUGACCAGUCAGAUCUGAGAGAAGCAUGUGCGGAUAACGAAGUGAAAGACUACCAUGAAAACGAUGAUCACAAUUUAAAUACCGACCGAACUGCUACAACAAAUGUCCUCCUCAAUUCGAGUACCGCAUACAACAUCGCUGACCUCUGUGAGGACAACCAGAAUGUCCCUUCAACAAAUACGGAAUUCCUCUCUUCCUUGAGAUCACCCCGGAUCAGAAAUCCGCGUAAGAUUUCACUGGGUGUUAUUUCCGAAGUAUUUAGUGUCGAACAUGUUUCAGAGAAUACUGAUAGUGGUGUUUGUUCGGGUAUGGCCCAACUGAAGGCUACGACAGCUCGUCUGAAAUUGGUUACCCGGCGUCCGAGUUAUGUGGCCUGGCAGGCCCAGAUCCAAGAAAGAUCCAAGAAUCUAACUUCACAAGAGAGUCUUAACAAUGACAUUUUGACGGAAGAGAGAAAGAAUUGCAUUACAAACGCCCUUCAGUGGAUCACAAAAGAAUUGACAGACAUGCGUCAUCAGGACCAAGAUUUGGCGCGCCAGCUGUUAUCGAUUCGCCAAGAAAUACAGAGAAUCAAAUUAAACAUGAGCUGUGAGUACCACGAAGACAUGCUGACCGACGUGCAGCUGGAAAUGGAGGAACUGGAGGAAUUAUCCGAAAUUUGUGAUCAGCUUCCACCAGUCAUCAACGACAAUCCUCUACGCCAUCUUGGAGUUACACGAAUGAACAUCAGCGCAAGAAGGUUCUCGACAUGCUAA